AUGGACAGCGGUUAUAUCGGUGGCAGUCAUGCUGAUAGUGGUGGCGGACGGCAGAGAUCCUGUGCUUCACAGGUAUUUGCAUAUGACAAGCAUCAGUACAACGUGCUGGAAGUGAACCAGACAAGCUAUGAAAAAUGCAACGAUCAGGGUUUCAUCAAGAACAUAACCAAGGGUGGCAAGGAUGUGUUCAACCUCACAGAAGCAAAGACAUAUUAUUUUCUCAGCGGCGGAGGAUACUGCUACCAGGGAAUGAAGUUAUCAGUGGAGGUUCUUGAUUACUCUCGGUUAGCUUCUGCUCCCACCCCUCCUAACUCCUCUCCUCCGAGGAGUUUCGGUACUGUGAUCACCUGCAUAAUCCUCUCCAUUCUGCUAGCAUUUAUCGCCCCUCUACCAUGGGCGGUGGUUUGA